GCACAGUCAGCACACACACCCACACACACACACACACACACACACAAUCGCACGCUUGCACACACACGCACGCUGAAGUGUCGAAGAGCUCAACAUGGACGACUUGGCUCUUCCGUCGUGGCUCCGCAUCCUGGUGGUGGCCAUGUUUGCGUACGGCAUCAUGAAGAGGAUCCUGGCGACCCACCUGAGCCCCGCCUCCACCGUGGCGGCGUGGCUGGGGGCCACCGUGCUGAUGGAGCGCGUGUGGGCGCUGUGCGUGCCCGUCGGGCUGCUGAUGGCGCUGCUGGGACUCGCCUACUUCCUGUGCGCCAGGGCCCGCACGCCGCACGCCACCUUGCCCGCCCUGGGGAAGGCCGUCGUCAUUACAGGAUGUGACUCGGGCUUCGGGAAGGCGACAGCAAGGCGUCUCGAUGCUCUGGGCUUCCAGGUGUUCGCCACAGUGUUGGAUGUGUCGGGGGAGGGGGCGCGUGAGCUGCAGAGGACAUGCUCGUCACAACUCACCCUCCUGCAGGUGGACAUCACGCAGCCACAGCAGCUCCAACAGGCGCUGAUGGACGUCCGGGCCCGCCUCGGCCUCAGAGGUCUGUGGGGUCUGGUCAACAAUGCCGGAGUGUGCGUCAACUUUGGCGACAUCGAGUUGUCCCAGAUGUCAAACUUCCGCGGCUGCAUGGAGGUCAACUUCUUUGGAACGCUCAACGUCACUAAGUGUUUCCUGUCGCUGCUGCGACAGGCCAAAGGUCGCCUUGUCACCAUCUCAAGUCCUGCUGGUGACCAACCCUUUCCCUGCCUGGCGGCGUACGGAGCGUCCAAGGCGGCCCUCAACCUUCUCACCAACACGCUGAGACAUGAGCUCGCACCUUGGGGCGUGCAAGUGUCCACCAUCUUGCCCUCCUCCUACAAGACAGGUCACUGCAGUAACUACGCCUACUGGGAGGACCAACACCAGCAGCUGCUGCGGUCGUUGCCACAGGAGCUGCUGGAGGACUACGGCGAGGACUACGUGAGCGAGACCAAGGAACUGUUCCACAGCUACGCCCGGCAGGCCAACACCGACCUCAGCCCCGUGGUGGACGCCAUCGUGCACGCGCUCCUCUCGCCGCGGCCAGAGGCGCGCUAUUUGGCGGGGCCGGGCGUGGGCCUCAUGUACUUCAUCCACAGCUACUGUCCCUUCGGCAUCAGCAACCGCUUCCUGCAGAGCCUCUUCGUCAAGAAGACGGUGGCGCCGCGGGCGCUCAGGAAGCGGGCGGCCUUUGACCUCGUCUCCCACGACGACAACAACAACAACAACAACAAAGAGGAGGAGAUGGUCAAGUAGCCGCCAUCUUGUAGAAUCACCCGGAAGCUCACGACUCACUCGAUAGAGCUUUAGACACGCACGCGUUGCAAGCGUAAAACAGGGGCGGGGCUUAGCGACCAACCAAAGACGAGCACAGGAAGACGGCACAGUCAACAAGUCAUCCUUCACUGAUUGGCUCAGACUAGCUCCGCCCUUAAAGGGGGGGCUCCGCCAGGCGGAAGGAAGGUGGCGCUGUAGAUGCGACUUCCUGUCCGAUGGCAUCACAACAUUCUCCACAUGUGACAUCAAACUCCCCCCCCCCACCCCCCCCGUCUGGACGUCACACCACCACAAUAAAAGCGUUGCGACAAACAGGAAGUAGUUAGCCGCUCUUCCACACACCACUACUUCAAAAGUAUGUGUAGUAAGUAAUGUAUAAGAAAUAGUAAUAAUAUCACUUUUUAUCAUGAUUGUAUUAUUCCAUCAAUCACUUCCUGUCAAAAUGUGAACCCAAACCUUUUUCUCAUGGCUGAUGCUUAUGGUGUUUAAGCAACUUGUAUUUAUUGUGCACAUACUUACACACAUACACACAUACUACACACACAAAAGUGUCUUAAAAUGUGCUCUGUGUGUGUUGUUGUUUUUUUUAUAUUCCAUUCGGCAACCUCAUCACUUCAUGAGAACUGUCACUCACACUGUGAAUUUUAUAUAAAAGUAUUUUGAAUAAAAAUACAUUUUUCUUCGGUU